GGGUAUCGUGGUCUCAGAGUGAGGAUAACAUUUUGAGAUAAAAUUUAGCUCCUCUUGAGUCAUACUUUUUGGAAGUAAGCGAAUGCAUUGGGUCUUUGCUCAGUUCUUUCACCCCAGAAUCUAUUUCCUAAUUAUUUUGGCCCAUGUAUGCAAUCUGCAUAUUUAAGCGGUAAAUAAGGUGACUCCACCCAGGCAAGAUCCAUAUCAUGCUGUUUUUUAGUUCACUAAUACACCACCAUUAGUUCACUUUACACAUCACCACACUGUUGCUUUUAUAACGGCUGUCUUUCGGGGCAAAUUGGUUCAGAUGCUCUGCAGUAGGGUGAAUUAUGCCUAAUCUCUUGGGACAGAAAUCGAUAAAAAUCGAAGCAUUUUGAGCAGAAAAAAACUGCCAAUUCGUGAAACAUAUAGAGGAUUACACACCGAACAAGUACAGGUAGAUAUAUGGAACAUUGCCGCACUGCAGUAACCUUCUUUUUUACCUUAUCUCUCUCCAUGUUACUUCUUUCAUCCCAAUCUGAUUGGGGUUAUCAAGGGGACCCAUUUUGAAGGCCUCCAACAUAACCAAGGGGAUGAGGGACAUCCUAGAUGAAUCUGUCCAAUAGUACAUAUAGAAUCCAGGUUAGUGCAUGACUUUCAAAAAGAUCCAGCACCAACAAUGACCGCUAAGGAUCACAAUCUAGCAGCAUUAAGAAAGAAGGCAUACAACAUCAAGUUUGACCUAGCCAACACAGAAUAUGAACCAGUGGAAAAUAUUGGUAUUGGUGCUUAUGGAGUUGUGUGCUCUGCCAUCAACAGAAGAACCAAGGACAAGGUUGCCAUCAAGAAAAUACCUGAUAUAUUUGAAAUGCCACAAAUAACAAAGAGAACUUAUAGAGAAAUAAGAAUUCUGAAGCACUUCAAACAUGAUAAUGUGAUAAAAAUACGCGAAAUUCUGAAACCUCAGUCUGUAGACAAUUUAAAGGAAAUCUAUAUUGUUUUGGACCUUAUGGAGAGUGACUUGCAUAGAAUAAUUCAUUCAAGUCAAGAAUUGACAGAUGAGCAUGUGCGCUAUUUUUUGUAUCAAAUUUUGCGAGGCCUGAAGUACAUCCACUCAGCCCAUGUGAUCCACAGAGAUCUCAAACCAAGUAACUUGCUGGUAAAUGAGAAUUGUGAUCUGAAGAUUGGAGAUUUUGGCAUGGCAAGAGGGAUCAGCUCUGGUCCUGACCAAGAGCACAAGUACUUUAUGACCCAGUAUGUGGCCACACGAUGGUAUAGAGCUCCAGAAAUAAUGUUGUCCAUGUUGGAAUAUACCACAGCUAUUGAUGUGUGGUCUGUUGGGUGCAUCUUUGCUGAAAUGUUAGGCAGAAAACAACUUUUUCCAGGCAAGGAUUACAUUAAUCAGUUAAAACUCAUUAUUGGCAUCUUGGGCUCUCCCUCCAAAGACAUACUGCAGAAAUCCCAGUCAGAGAUGGUGCGGAAUUUCAUCAGGGGUUUAGGGAAGAAGGAUCCUGUGCCUUUCAAUGUGCUUUUUCCCAAAGCACCGAAGAAGGCUGUUGACCUACUGAGUAAAAUGUUGGCACUAAGUCCUGCUGACAGAAUAUCUGUUGAUCAGGCUCUCAAACACCCAUACCUGUCUAAAUAUCAUGACCCAGAUGACGAACCUAUUUGUAUACCAGCAUUCAACUUUGAUUUUGAGAAUGAGAAAGUGGAUGUGGCAAAUUUAAAGGAGGCUAUUGUUAAAGAGAUCAUGGAGUAUCACCAGCCCAAACCAAGCCUGAGUGACCUCAGUAGCAUUCUUAGACCUGUGCCCAAGCAAGAAUCACAAUAUGGUGAUGGACUAGGUGCAUUUCUAAAACAUCAGCAGGCAGUCAAACCUCAGGAACAACAGCAACAACAAGAAACCUUGCAGCAUUUGAAGCAGUUAAAUGCAGCCCAACAACAGGAGCCGACUCAGUCACAAACCCAGGUCUUUCAGGUGCAAAAUUUAGUAGCUGUUCCAGCAUCAGGAUCUCAUCUUCCUUUUGUUUCUAAAGCCAACAAUAGUCAGACUGUACCAACAGCAGCACACAAAACCACAACAUCUAUGGCACCAGUUACUAUAACAGUAGUUCAGAACAAUGACUCUGAAGUGUUUAAGAAGCCAACAGGACUGACAUUUCUACGUCCAUCCCAAUCACAGCAACCGGUUAAGGUGAACACCACAGGCAGCCUGCUGUCUGCUAUGUCUGAUGUUGAAAUGUUAAGUGCCAAGUCUGAUGUGGGUAGAGAUACCAUGGAUACUAGCAGUAGUGCAGCACAGCAACAAACCUCCCAGCCACAAGUUGUCAGCAACAGUACAGUGCAACAGGGCAUAACCACCAGUGCUGCACCUCUGUGUACUGGGCCAACUGAUACCAAAGCACUUAUCAAGGCAGCCUUGCUCAAAGCCAGAGAACAGAGGAAUGAUCCUUCUAAUCAGAAUAAGGAAAAGCCCCGACCACAGACAGCUUAUGAACGCCAAAAAGAGAGAGAAGAAAAGAGACGCAAGAAAAUGGAAAAAUCUAUGGAGAGAAAAAAGAAACAAAAGGAGAAAGAGGCUUCAAAAGAAUUGCUGACAGAUGAGGACAAGACUUUACUGGAACGUUGGAAGACCAUGCAGGAAAACACCCAGCCAUUUGUCCAUCCUGUCAGGCAACAUAUGAGAGACAUGCUGGAGAAGAGGCAGCAGAAAAAAGAACAACUCCACAGUUCAGGUGGUGAAGUGCCUAAUGAGGAGCACUUGCCUUUACAGCAACAACAACAACAGGAAUCACAGCAUAUACAGCAACCUGUGAUUAAUACACAGGACAUUAUAACAGCGAAUAACAAUGACUUGAAACAAAAAAUGACAGGACCAACAGUAGUUGCUGCAAAUCCACUGCUGAGUCAAAGUGACAUGAUGAUGCUGAAUCAACAGCCUUUGAAAUCAGUUUCAGCCAUUAACAUCCAGGACCCUAAUUUCUUCAAUAUAAAUCAACAUAACAUAGGUGGCAGUUCUAUGUCCAGUAGUAUUCAUGCCCCAUGGACUUUUGACAGUGAAGAUUCUAACAGUCAACCAGAGCAGAACUUUCCUACAAGCAGUUUGCCUAACUUUGGUGAAAGUAGUGCUAAAAAAACUACAGCUUCUCAUGUAGUUGACCAGUCUCAAGGGCAGCAGCACUCGGUUAUCUCAGGGAUGACUUCAAGUCUUCCAUCUGAACCUCCAACUGACAUCAUUUCUGUGGUGACUAAACAAUUAACCAAGACACAGAUGGAAGACAUGUUGCCCCCAAUGUUGGCCCUAACCCCUAGAGGCACUGGAGGGGGGUACGGAGUUGGCUUUGACCUUGAUGACCUUCUUGGAGACUCCUUUGGCGCUACCAGUCCAGGAAACAGAGACAGUACCAAUUUGAAGCUUGAUUCAGCCCCACUGUCAGCAUCCUUGCUUGAAGAUUGGCUGGAAGUGACAGGAAACCUUGGUCCCAGGGAUAUGGAGGCCUUGCAACAGGAGCUAGAACUAGGGUCACCAAUGGUGUUCUCAGACUUUUGAUGCGAGAAAAAAUUGAAACUGGAGCUGAUACAUUGCAUUCACUUCUUAUUUUACUUGCAAAACUUGACAUAUUCUUUAGUAACUCUUCAUUGUUUUAGUUUUAAUUAAGAUGGACAUUCUUAACACUUUGCAUAAUAUACAAAUAAUUAUAUAAUACUGAAUAUUUACUUUUGUUUUUUACAGAAAAACUGUUUUUACCAAUUUAUUAUUAAUUCGGUAAAAACAUUUCAUUCUCUUGUAAAGAAAUUGUAAGCAAAAAUAUAAAAGACAAUAAUUAGGCUCCAUGUGAACAGGGUUUUUUAAAAACGUACGUAUUCUCAAUUUAAAAAAAACGCCGUGAAAGUUAUCAACAAACAAAACUACAAAAAUUUAUACGGCAAGCCUGGAGAAAUUUAUGUUGCAAAGCAGCUAUUGCAUAUCCUCAUGGAGUAGAGUCAAGUGCAAAAUAAUUAGAUUGCCAUGAGAACUAGAUGGUUUCAGCUGGACGGGGUACCUCUCUCUGCCAUGGCCACCAGGGCUUCUCUUCAUCAGCUGCAACUAAUUCCUAAACUUUUUCAUUCCACGAGGACGGAUCUUAACCAAAUGGUUCGCCCUAUUUUUGCAAUAAAGGUCAAAUAUUGCCCAGAGGGUAUGUCGAUGUGACAGAAAUGGUAAUCCGCUUGGAACUGAAGACCGUUUCCCAUUACUGUGUAAGGUGACAUUCGUCCCAUACACAAACCCCCAUACUACACUACCCCCUGUACUAAUCAUACGAGACCCUGGACUUCCAUUCCUAGGACUGCCAU